AUGGAAAGCCUGGAAAACAGCUUUGGUUAUCUGAACUUGAGAGAUGCGUCCCAACCACUUACAGAUCCAUCAUGCUUCUUCUCAAAUGACCACGUUUUUAAAGCUUAUGGAAGUCUUCCAACUAACAGUCAUAGGCGGAAUACCACUCGGAUGUCACGCUAUGGAAAUGCGGACAAUAUCACCCCACAAUCCAAUGGUUAUCCUGUGUUCAAUCAGUGGAAUCCUAUUCACAGACUCGAUAAUAUUGGUCUUUUUGGGCCUCCACCCCUUAUCUUCGACAAUGGAACAGGGAAUCAUGGUAGUGUCGUGCAGCGUCCAUUUAACAAGCAGUAUAAUGAGAGGCAAAUGUGGUCUAAGCCUCUAAAGAAAAAUGACUAUGAGUUAUUUGAACAACCAAAACGAGGUUUAAACUUCCAGUUGUAUGAUAGUAUACCAGUUACACAAUCUGGACCGAAUUGGACCCCAGUGGAACCUAUAAAGUCAUUCAAUGAUAUUGAACUGCACCAAAUAAUCAAAGAUAAUGUGACAAGAGCUCAAUAUAUACAUCCCACACCAGUGCAAAAGUAUGCACUGCCAAUAAUUACAGCGAAACGAGAUCUCAUGGCCUGUGCUCAAACAGGUUCUGGGAAGACGGCAGCUUUUCUACUCCCGAUACUCAAUAUGCUUUUCGAGGAUAACCACUGUGAAGCAGCUACUGAAGGAUCUGCAAUAAACUGUGCUGCAUGUCCCGUGGCUUUGAUCCUUGCUCCGACGAGAGAGUUAUCUUCUCAGAUAUAUGAUGAAGCCCGGAAGUUUUCAUAUCGUUCCAACAUCAAGCCUUGUGUAGUUUAUGGUGGGGCCUCUAUCCUCACUCAAAUACGAGAUUUAUCUCAUGGCUGCAAUUUACUUGUAGCAACCCCUGGACGCCUUGUUGAUAUGGUGAGCAGAGGUAAAGUGAGUCUGGAACAAAUAAGAUUUUUUGUUCUGGAUGAGGCAGAUAGAAUGCUUGAUAUGGGUUUCGAACCGCAGAUUCGUCGGAUUGUCGAACAACAUGGUAUGCCACCUGCCGGAAAAAGACAAACUUUGAUGUUUUCUGCCACAUUUCCAAAAGAAAUUCAAACGCUGGCACGGGAUUUCCUUCACUCCUACAUAUUUUUGGCAGUUGGACGUGUUGGAAGUACUAACGAGAAUAUUGUCCAAGAAGUUUUGAAUGUGGCUGAUAAAGAUAAACCUGAUAUGUUGGUUAGACUACUUCAAGGGAAAGAUCCAGAUGGAUUGGCUUUGGUGUUUGUUGAAACUAAGCGUGGAGCUGAUAUUCUGGCUAAAUUUUUAUGUCAGUUAAAUUUCCCAGUUGCGUCCAUUCAUGGUGAUCGUCCUCAAACUGAACGGGAACAUGCACUCCAGUCUUUUAGAUCUGGUCGUACUCCAAUUCUCAUUGCAACAGCAGUCGCUGCUCGUGGUUUAGAUAUUCCAAAUGUUAAGCAUGUAAUUAAUUUUGAUCUCCCAUCAGAUAUCGAAGAGUAUGUUCAUCGUAUUGGUCGUACAGGCAGAAUGGGUCAACCAGGUUCGGCUACAUCAUUCUUUUCUGAGAAGAAUCAAAAUGUUGUACGUGAUUUAGUUGAAUUACUUCGUGAAUCUAAACAAGCUAUACCACCAUGGUUGGAAGCACGUGUCGCAUAUCCUUCAGGAUCAUCUGCUCGCCGUAAUAAGAUUGGAAACAAUAAUAAUAAUAACAAUAAUGUUAAUAAAAAAAAUCGUGCUAAUUAUGGUUCAUUUGAUUAUCGACAAUACGGUAACCGAAGUAUCAGUUAUGUCGGUGGAUCAUUGCCUAUGAAUCAUAGCAACAACAAUACUAAUAGUGGUUUACCUAAUGGCGGACUUGGAUUGUUAGGAAAUUGUUCAUUGUCAUUUCCAAUCGACAAUACUUCUAGACAUCCUCAGCACAGUGCCUAUAAUCCAUUAUUUCAACUGGACAAAAUCAACAGUCAAACAAAGUUUUCUGUAAAAAUAAUUCAGGUUAUGCUUCAACAUCCACAACCAGCUACACUUCUGCCUACUGCGAAUCCAAAUGCUGCAAUGCAUCAGUUUUUAGCAGCAGCAGUUGCUGCUGGGAUGCAUCCAAUGCGGUCUAACGGUGCGAACAUUAAUGACGGAAAUAUCACGGCAAUGAAUAGUGGUGGUUUUCAAAAUCCACAUGUUCAUCCUGCAAAUGGUGCAGCCUUUGCCACACCUACAUAUCAAGCUUUUCACCCAGCUACUGUUUUUCCACCAUCGAACCAAGUUUCCUCUCAUACAGUUUCGUCUAAUGGUCGAGACGGUUCUGGAACUGUUGUGUUCCCCUCACCUGCUGGACUAUAUCACACAGGCAACUUAAAUGGAGCUACUUCUUUAAGCUCGACAAGUUCAGCUAAUCAUCAGACUUUACAGCAGACACAUCCAGCUACAGCGCUCAUUCAAACUGGAUAUCCUGUUCAAUAUUACCCUCAAAACCAACAAUUCUGUCCUGUGUCGAAUGGAAUUCAGCGUCAUUCACCUCAACAACAACAGGCUGUAGUUGCAGCUGCAAUGGCUGUAGCAGCAGCAAUGAAUAAUGGUAUCCAGUCGAAUACUGACGGUUGCAAUCCAUACGUAUCCCAACAUUCUCAGAUGGAGUGCAGUAUUCCUCUUGAUUCUGUUACAACAUCUAGUCCAUCUGCAAAUAUCUCUAAAAGUGGAUCUAUUAUGCAACCGGUGUUUAGAAAUGAUGGUGACUGGUGGACAUCGGCCACUCCAACAUAA